CAAAUCUCACGCCAAGCGAACAGAUUCAAAGUUUGCUGAGUGAAGCUGAUGAUAAUACAUCCCACCCUUCUCAUGAUAUUUUCUGUGAGAUGGAUGUUCUCUACAAACUUGGGGAUAACUACCAGUGGAGAGAAACCGCCAGAUGGGUGAAGUACGAGGAAGAUGUUGAGGAAGGAGGUAUGCGCUGGUCCAAGCCUCAUGUGGCCUCACUGUCCCUUCAUUCGCUGUUUGAGCUGAGGAACUGCCUCACUUCCGGUGCCUGUAUGUUGGAGAUGGAUGCCUUAAGUGUGCACCAGGUGGCAGAUUUAUUUAUUGACAACUCAAUAAGCCAGAAACUUCUAGAAGAACAGCUCAGGGACUCUGUGAGAGCUGCAAUGAUUGGCCAGCAUUGCUUCCAACACCAAAAAUCUCGCAGGAAAAUGUCUACUCCAGAUGGGGAUGUGGCAAAGGUCAUGUUUAAGUCCAUUUCAAUGAAGAGAACGUUCUCAGAGAUUGGGCGAACAUUGUCCAUGAAAUCUAAGGGAG